AUGACACUUCAAGACGGUCUCCCAGGGCAUCGUGCUGUGCCGGCACGACAAUCUCUCGCAAGAAGACAAAUUGCUGCAAAGCCCCGCUCUGCAUUAAUCCUGUAUGGCUCCGAAACAGGCAAUGCUCAAGAUGUUGCCCAAGAGAUUGCUCGUUUGACUGAGCGUUUGCGUUUUGAUACUGUUGUCAUAGACCUCGACUCUAUAGACCUUCGUGAUCUGCUAAAACAUACUAUCAUCAUAGUGGCUAUAUCUACCACUGGCCAAGGUGAGUUUCCUCAGAAUGCUCGCUCCUUCUGGAAGAUCCUGUUGAGCAGCCAACUCCGUUCUGGUGUGUUGAGACGUGUCAAUUUUACCACUUUUGGUUUGGGUGACAGUUCAUAUCCACAAUAUAACGUGGCUCACCGUAUGCUGCACAACCGCAUGCUACAGUUAGGUGCUCAGCUCUUCUGUCCGCGUGGCGAAGGCAACGAACAGCACCCGGAAGGUCACAACGGCGAGUUUCGUGCUUGGAUUGUAGAUCUGAAGCAAGAACUGUUGCAGCAUUUCCCCUUACCUGAAGGGCAGAAUAUUAUCGCUGAGGACGUCUUUCUGGAGCCCAAGUGGUGUCUGCGAAUCUCGCCUGAUUCGACGAACGGUAGCAGUAACAAUACUCCAGCAAACGGCGUCUCUCAGGAAACUCUCACUCUGGAUACGCCCCCAGCAAACGACAUCCUACCCAUUGCAGACAGUGUUAUAGCCGACCUCACAGUAAACACCCGUCUGACGCCUUCCGACCAUGGUCAGGAUGUAAGACUCUUGGACUUUACCCUCUCUUCGAACAUCGACUACGGACCUGGCGCAGUUGCUGUCGUAUAUCCAAAGAACUUUCCAAAGGAUGUAAAUCAGUUCAUCGAAUGCAUGGGCUGGCAGUCUAUGGCUGAUACGCUGCUGGAGCUCGUUCCGACGACGGAUGUCUCUGAUUUGGCAACAUAUCCUCCAUCACCACUCAGAUAUCUCGAAUCAACGAAGCGAGCCUUCACUAUUCGUGAGCUGUUGACGAACUACUUGGACAUAGUCUCUAUACCUCGGCGGACCUUCUUUGCUUCUCUGGCCUACUUUACCAAAGAGGGCAACGAAGAAGAGAGUUAUCAGAAAGAACGCGUUCUCGAGCUGGCCAAUCCUGAGCUGAUUGAUGAGCUAUGGGAUUACACUACUCGACCAAGACGAACUAUUCUUGAGAUCAUGCCCGAGUUUCCAAGUGUCAAAAUCCCAUGGCAAUAUGCUCUCAAUAUCAUACCAGUCAUGCGAGGCAGGCAGUUCAGCAUUGCGAGUGGAGGCAGUUUGAAACAUCUCGAAAAUGGAAACACUAGGGUGCAACUCCUUGUGGCGAUUGCGAACCCUCCCAAUCCAAUCAUCAAGCUGCGAAAGCGCUACGGCGUCUGCACUCGAUACAUCGCAACUUUACAAGCAGGGCAACAACUCAGUCUGACGAUACAGCCAGGCUACUUGAAUGUUAGCCCGGAUGAAGUGAACUCACCUGUGCUCUUGAUCGGACCGGGCACAGGUGUUGCACCGAUGCGCUCGAUGAUUUAUGAACGCUUGGAAUGGGCGAGAAGAAGCAAUUCGAGAAAACCGAGUCUGUUGUUCUUCGGAUGUCGCAAUGAGACAGCAGAUUAUUUCUUCCGUGACGAGUGGCAGAAUCUUGCGGACCAAAGCCUCACCGUGUUUCCCGGUUUCUCGCGCGAUCAGGACAAGCCGAGAACUUAUGUUCAAGAUCUGGUUCGCAAAGAAGCAAGCCUUGUCUACAAGACACUAAAGCAAGAUCAAGGCAAGGUGUAUAUCUGUGGGUCUUCUGGAAAUAUGCCCAAGGGGGUCCGUGAAGCACUAGCCGACGUGCUCAAAGAACAUGGCCAAAUGACCGCUGGACAGGCAAGCGAGUACCUUGACCAGAUGGAAAGAGAUGGCCGGUAUAAGCAGGAGACUUGGUGAUGUCUACAACAUUAUUCUACCAACCUCACAUACGGUGUGAGUCGGAGUCACUUGCAAUUCAAAUUUGUUUUCUGUAGUACAUAUCCACCAACGUGUGGUCAAUUCUCCUGCCGAUAGUCGUCUGGCACAGUAUCUUGCG